AUGUCGUCGCAUCGCCCCAACGCCCUCAACAGUCUUAGGAUGGGAGAAAUUAUCCGCGAAAAGGCGCAAGACGGCAUUACCGGUGAGACGAGGGAGAUCCAGUACACGCAGUGUAAGAUUGUGGGCAAUGGAUCUUUUGGUGUCGUCUUUCAGACCAAGCUGUCACCCUCGGGGGAAGAUGCUGCCAUCAAGCGAGUUCUCCAGGACAAGAGGUUCAAGAACCGUGAACUGCAAAUCAUGCGCAUUGUCCGACACCCCAACAUUGUCCAGCUCAAGGCUUUCUUCUACUCCAAUGGCGAGCGGAAGGACGAAGUCUACCUCAACCUCGUCCAGGAAUUCGUCCCCGAGACAGUCUACAGGGCCUCGCGAUUCUUCAACAAGAUGAAGACAACCAUGCCUAUCCUCGAGAUCAAGCUGUACAUCUACCAGCUCUUCAGGGCGCUGGCCUACAUCCACUCUCAAGGAAUCUGCCACAGGGACAUCAAGCCGCAGAACCUCUUGCUCGACCCCAACAGCGGCAUCCUCAAGCUCUGCGACUUUGGCAGCGCAAAGAUCCUGGUCGAGAACGAGCCUAACGUGUCGUACAUUUGCUCACGCUAUUACCGCGCACCUGAGCUGAUCUUUGGCGCGACUAACUACACGACCAAGAUUGAUGUCUGGUCUACCGGCUGCGUCAUGGCCGAGCUCAUGCUCGGCCAGCCGCUGUUCCCCGGCGAGUCAGGGAUAGACCAGCUCGUCGAGAUCAUCAAGGUGCUGGGUACCCCGACGCGGGAGCAGAUUCGAACUAUGAACCCGAACUACAUGGAGCACAAGUUCCCCCAGAUCAAGCCGCACCCCUUCCACAAAGUUUUCCGCAAGGCCGACCCCGAUGCGAUCCUGCUCAUCGCCCAGCUUCUCGAGUACACGCCUACGGCAAGGCAGUCCGCCAUCGGCGCCAUGGUCCACCCCUUCUUCGACGAGCUGCGCGACCCCAAGACGAAGCUGCCCGACUCCAGGCACGGCACCUCGGACAUGAGGGAUCUGCCUGAUCUCUUUGACUUUACUCACCACGAGCUGUCAAUUGCCCCCGACCUGAACCACAGCCUGGUGCCCCCUCACAUGCGCCCCGUACUGGCAUCACGCGGCCUGGAUAUCGACAACUUCACGCCCUUGUCGAAGCAGGAGAUGGUCGCCAAGCUGGAUUGA